AUGGAAUUCGAAGGGAGCGGAAUUUCUAUUUCACCUCUUCAGAACAUUCGACUUCCAUGGAAUCCAUACGCGUUGGCAUUUAAUUCUAUCUUUUCUCAGGAAAAAAGAUUAGUUAUCUGUUCAUUUGAAAAGAAAAUUCAAAAUCAAAUUCAAAUUUAUCGAUUUAAUGGAGACAAUAUUGCCGCAGAAGGCAUAACAAGCAUUGACUAUCCGCAAAUUGCAUGUCAAUUUUCUCCAUUGGGCUCUCAAGAUACGACAGAUUUAUUUAUAACUUGUGCAAACACAUUAAAAUUAUGGCAAUGUCAGCCAGGAGAGAUCAAUCUUCUUUCUGAUGUCACUAUUGCUCCAGAUAAUUCACCAUUGACUGGUCUUGAUUGGUCAACUUAUGAUGAAACUAAAGUUGUAUGCUGUAGCUCAGAUUGCUCUGCAACAUGUGUUGAUAUAUCAAUGGCCCAGCCUACUACAAGAAUUAUGGCGCAUGAUCACCCAAUUCAUGACAUUAAAUUUGUUGGAUCAACACCCACAUUUGUUACAUGUGGAUUUGAUGGUUCAAUGAGAUUCUUUGAUAUACGCGAGCUAGAAUCAUCCGUUAUUUAUUACCAAACUGCUCUUCCUUUAAUGAGAUGUGCAGUUUCACCGUAUGAUGCAACAAAGAUCGCUGCGUUUUCAUACAAUUCGCAUUGCAUUGUUAUAAUAGAUACUAGACAGCCCGGAAUUCCUGUUUCAGUCGUUAAAGAACAAGAAGGAUCCGUCAGUGCUAUUAGCUGGGGACUUUCUUUCGAAAAUCUACUUUUAUCAUCAAAUCUUAACGGAAAUAUUUACUCUUCGACUAUUAAUCAGGGUCCAGAACCUCAAGUUUUUAUUUCUUACAUGCAUGACAAAGAAAUUCAGUCAGUUGCAAACCAGAGAUUAUAUUGUGCUAUAACAUCUACAAAAAGCCUUUCAUUGCUCAAAAUGAAUAAUUUUUAA